CUCUGGAGGGGAGCCCCCUCCCGCUCCCCCUCCCCGUCCCCGGGCCGUCCGGCCGGCCCCCGGCCUCCGGGAGCGAUGACCUCGACGGGGAAGGAAGGCGGGAGCGGCCCGCAGCACGCGCAGUAUGUGGGACCCUACCGCCUCGAGAAGACGCUGGGCAAGGGCCAGACCGGGCUGGUAAAGUUGGGGAUUCACUGUGUCACGUGUCAAAAAGUCGCGAUCAAAAUCGUCAACCGAGAGAAGCUCAGCGAGUCGGUGCUCAUGAAGGUGGAGCGGGAGAUAGCCAUUUUGAAGCUCAUAGAACAUCCUCACGUUUUGAAGCUGCAUGACGUUUAUGAAAAUAAAAAAUAUUUGUACCUGGUAUUAGAACACGUGUCAGGCGGGGAGCUCUUCGAUUAUCUUGUCAAGAAGGGGAGGCUGACGCCAAAGGAGGCCCGAAAAUUCUUCCGACAAAUCAUCUCCGCGUUGGACUUCUGCCACAGCCAUUCGAUAUGCCACAGGGAUUUGAAACCGGAAAACCUUCUUCUGGACGAGAAGAACAACAUCCGAAUAGCCGACUUUGGCAUGGCCUCCCUGCAGGUCGGCGACAGCUUGUUGGAGACCAGCUGCGGGUCGCCCCAUUACGCCUGUCCGGAGGUGAUCCGGGGAGAGAAAUACGACGGGAGGAAAGCAGACGUGUGGAGUUGUGGAGUCAUCCUGUUUGCGCUGUUGGUGGGGGCACUGCCCUUCGACGACGACAACCUGCGACAGCUCCUGGAGAAGGUGAAGAGAGGCGUCUUCCACAUGCCCCAUUUCAUCCCCCCCGACUGCCAAAAUCUGCUGCGGGGCAUGAUUGAGGUGGAUUCAUCCAAGCGGCUCACGCUAGAAAACAUUCAGAAACACAUAUGGUACAUAGGGGGCAAGAACGAACCGGAGCCGGAGCAGCCCGUGCCCCGCAAGGUGCAGCUGCGGUCCCUGCCGUCGCUGGAGGACAUGGACCCAGACGUGCUGGACAGCAUGCACUCGCUCGGCUGCUUCCGCGACCGCAACAAGCUGCUACACGAUCUGCUGUCCGAGGAGGAAAACCAGGAGAAGAUGAUCUAUUUCCUCCUCCUCGACCGGAAAGAGCGGUACCCCAGCCACGAAGAUGAGCACCUGCCCCCCAGGAAUGAAAUAGACCCCCCCAGGAAACGUGUGGACUCGCCAAUGCUGAACCGGCACGGGAAGCGUCGGCCGGAACGCAAGUCCAUGGAAGUCCUGAGCGUCACGGACGGCGGGUCCCCUGUCCCGGCCCGCAGGGCCAUCGAGAUGGCUCAGCAUGGCCAGAGUAAAGCAAUGUUCAGUAAAAGCCUGGAUAUCUCCGAAGCCAAUCCCAAAUUCAACCAAGAAGAAAGGACGGACAGUAUCAAUGCACUGGGGUCCCGCUCCAUCAGCGGAGCAUCCUCCGGCCUGUCCACCAGCCCCCUCAGCAGCCCCAGGGUGACCCCUCACCCCUCUCCUCGGGGCAGCCCCCUCCCCACCCCCAAGGGCACGCCCGUGCACACCCCGAAGGAGAGCCCGGCGGGCACCCCCACGCCCACGCCUCCGUCCAGCCCCAGCAUCGGCGGGGUGCCCUGGAGGACCAGGCUCAACUCCAUCAAGAACAGCUUCCUCGGAUCGCCCCGCUUCCACAGGCGGAAACUGCAGGUUCCAACACCGGAGGAGAUGUCCAACCUGACCCCAGAGUCAUCCCCCGAGCUGGCCAAAAAGUCGUGGUUUGGGAACUUCAUCAACCUGGAGAAGGAAGAGCAGAUUUUCGUGGUCAUUAAAGACAAGCCUCUCAGCUCCAUCAAAGCAGACAUCGUGCACGCCUUCCUCUCGAUCCCCAGCCUCAGCCACAGCGUCAUCUCUCAGACGAGCUUCCGGGCAGAGUACAAGUCCACCGGCGGGCCGGCCGUCUUCCAGAAGCCCGUCAAGUUCCAGGUGGACAUCACCUACACGGAAGGGGGCGGGGCGCAGAAGGACAAUGGCAUCUACUCCGUCACCUUCACCCUCUUGUCAGGUCCCAGCCGCCGGUUUAAGCGGGUGGUGGAGACGAUCCAGGCGCAGCUGCUGAGCUCCCACGACCAGCCCUCGGUGCAGCAGGUGCCAGACGAGAAGACCGUCCAGGCGGGGCGCGGCCCGGGCCCGAGCAGCCGUCGGGGCGAUGCCGAGGCUCGUGACUGUGGGGCCGGCGGGGACCCCCCCCAGGCCCUCGGCCGGGACGGAGAAGGCCCCCCGAGACCGCCAGCCUUAGCCCGGCCCGCCGGCCCCAGGCCCGGCCCCAGCCCCGACGACAGGCCCUGUAGACGGCGCCGCCCGCCCUCGGAGAGCCCCAGGGCAGGCCCAGGCCCCGGGAUGGGGUGACCACCACGUCCCCCUCCCC